AUGAUCGAAAUAACGGUAAAUGAUCGUCUCGGCAAGAAAGUUCGAAUCAAAUGUAAUCCAACGGAUACGAUUGGAGAUUUGAAGAAAUUGAUUGCCGCCCAAACAGGAACAAGAUACGACAAGAUUGUACUGAAGAAAUGGUAUACGAUAUUCAAGGAUCAGAUAACGUUACAAGAUUACGAAAUACAUGAUGGAUUCAACUUUGAAUUGUAUUAUCAAUGA